AUGGCGGUCAACGCGAGUUUCGUCUCGCCCACGGCGGAUGCAAAAGUUGCGCAUGUCAUCCAGCAAUUCGACACCAACGGCCUCCUUUCCUCCGUCUUCACCGGCUUCAACGUGUGGAAGCUUGCCUUGACGCUUAUCAUAACGGCUGUGGCGUACGACCAGUUCAAGUACAUCUGGAACAAGGGUUCAAUCGUUGGUCCAUCAUGGAAAAUACCCUUCAUCGGCCCAUUCCUGGAGUCUGUCAAUCCCGACUUCAACAAGUACCAUGAGAAAUGGUCCUCAGGUCCUCUGAGCUGCGUUUCCGUCUUCCACAAAUUUGUUGUGAUUGCCUCCACCCGCGACAUGGCUCGUAAGAUCUUCAACUCGCCUAACUUUGUCAAACCCUGUGUUGUCGAUGUCGCCUACAAACUCCUCCGCCCCGAGAACUGGGUCUUCCUUGACGGUCGUGCCCACGUCGACUACCGCAAAGGUCUCAACAGCUUGUUUACUCGCCAAGCGCUCGAACAGUACCUACCGGGCCAAGAAGAGAUCUAUAACAAAUACUUCAAGCGUUUCGUCGAGCUUUCGCAGGUGGAGAACAAGGGCAAGCACGUUCCCUGGAUGCAGGAGUUCCGCCUCAUGAUUACUGCCCUGAGUUGCCGUACCUUCGUUGGCCACUACUGCUCGGACGAGGCUGUCAAGAAGAUUGCCGACGACUACUAUCUGAUCACCGCUGCCCUCGAACUUGUCAACUUCCCCAUCAUUAUCCCCUUCACCAAGACGUGGUACGGAAAGAAGUGCGCCGACAUGGUUCUGGACGAGUUCUCCAAGUGCGCCGCAAAGAGCAAAGUCCGCAUGGCCGCCGGUGGCAAGAAAGAGUGCAUUCUCGACUUCUGGGUAGACAACAUGAUCCAAUCCGAAAAGUACCGCAAGAGGAUUGAAGCUGGCGAGAAGGUUGAUGACGCCGAGAAGCCCGCGACUGUCAUCCGCUGGUUCAGCGACAUCGAGAUCUCUAUGACUAUCUUCACUUUCCUCUUCGCUUCUCAGGACGCUACCUCUUCUGCCGCCACAUGGCUCUUCCAGAUCAUGGCCGACCGACCCGAGUACCUCGACAAAAUCCGCGAGGAGAACAUCAAGGCCAGAAAUGGCGACGUUCACGCCACUCUUUCGCUCGACGCCAUUGAGAAGUUGCAAUGGACCCGCGCUGUGGUUAAGGAGACACUCCGCUACCGUCCCCCAGUCAUCAUGGUUCCUUACCUUGCUAAGAAGGACUUCCCUGUAACGCCUGAAUACACCGUCCCUAAGGGUUCCAUGGUCAUUCCUACCACCUACAUGGCGCUACACGAUGCUGAGGCAUACCCCAACCCCGACUCGUUUGAGCCUGAGCGAUGGAUCACCGGUAACGCCGAUCAACAGACCAAGAACUGGCUUGUAUUCGGCACUGGUCCCCACUACUGCCUGGGUCAGACAUACGCACAAGCCAACCUCAUGUUGAUGAUUGGCAAGGCGAGUAUGCUUCUUGACUGGGACCACAAGGUUACCGACCAGAGCGAGGCGAUCAAAGUGUUCGCCACUAUUUUCCCUAUGGAUGACUGCCUCCUCACAUUCAAAGACCGUACUACGGCAUAA